CCGCCAUGAGUAGCUCCUAUUUAAGAACACACACUCAAUCUUCCCCUCAUCAGUCAUUACCUUCCAAGCCCAAUCUCAAACAAUGGUAGUCUCUCUUGGCCCAGGCAAAUUCUACGGCACCAGCCUCCCCCGCCCCCGCAUCUACACCGACGUCAAGUUUAACGACCACCGCGUCGACCCACCCCUUCCCGUCAACGACCCACUAAUGUCUUGGGCCGAGGAGGCCCACUGGUCCAUGGGCGGCCUCAGCUUCAAGCGCCUCCGCCUCCAGGGCAAAAUCGAAGGCAACGUCCAAAGGCUCCGCACCCAGCGCCAGAAGGCCCAGGCCCACUCCCAAAGCCCAACCCCACCCCGCGGAUCCAAAAGGCCCUCCUCUCCUUCGCCGUCUCCGCCACCGGCUCCGGUCAUUACGAAGCGCCGAAAGCUCAUGGAUCUGAUUCAGGAAGAAGAAGAGGAAGAAGAAAUUGAGCCUCCCAGAAGCGCCGUUCGGAAGAGUCGCUUAGUGAAGAAGCUUGGCGACGAUUUCGAUAAGGUCGCUUCGGAGAACGACGCUUCUGAUACGACGCCGUUCAAGGCUCGCUCUCGGAGGUUGGUUAAGGGCGGUGAGCCUGUCAAGAAGACGCUGCUUCAAGAAACAGAGAAGUCGAAAAACCCUAAGGUAAAGAAGAGUACGAGUGAAUCUGAGACAAGCCCUAGGGUUAGAGUUUCACCUAGAUUGGUUAAGCGUGUGUCCAAUUAAACCUAUUGUAAUUAGAUGUUUAUUCCUUUGCUUUUAUUAUUGUGCAAUUAGGGUCUGUACUUUUCAUGAAUGAAGACACAUGAGAAUAUAUUAUAUUAGCAAGAUUUUGUGAUUUUCCGCUUACAA